AUGGUCGAGCCUAUUCAUAAUCCAGAUGCUUCGGAAAUCGAAAAUCUAAAUAAAUUGUUUUUAGAAACAGGUAAAAAUCCAGAAGCAAAUCAAGAAUUAAACAGAAUCGCGUCUGAAGAUCAAAUUCAAUUUUUCUAUUCCACUGCAAUCAUAAUAUCAUCACUUCCAAUUCCUUUAAAUGAAGAAGACGCGAAUACUGAUGCAUAUAAUCUCUUCAGGAACGCAAUUACUUUAAUCACUCGUUGUCUUAGGCCAUAUAUACGCUCUAGUCGAGACAUUGUUCAAGAAUAUCUUAACCGAGUCCCUCCUGAGAUCCACAUUAACCUCUGCCAACUUUUUUCCAACAUUUUAGAUAGUCCUUUCGACGACAUUCGUUCCCCAGCAUCUAUAAUUACUUCCCAGCUCAUCAGAAUCGAUUUUGCUGGAAGCAAAAACAAGUCAAAAUCAGAAUUUCUUGAAUCACUCGAAAAAGGAUACGAUUCCUUUGGCAAUGACUUUAAGAAGGUCGGAGUGCUCGAAGCUUUUACGUUAUGCAACGAAGAAGACAUAGUUUCAACAAGAACAAGGAUAUAUCGUAAUUUUUGCAAAAAUCAGUUUGCUAGAGGCUUCCUGACCUUUACAUCCGAUAUUCCGCAGCGCUACAGAUCCAUUGGCUUGAGAGCCCUCAACAUCUUCUUCCAAAAGGUAAGUUCCAGAAUUAUCGACCAAAAAGUCGAAUUGCAAUGCCUUGAUAGCUUACUACAAGAGUUCAGUACACCUGCAGAGACCAUCGAAUACUACACUCUUCUUUGUUCGACCACAAAACUUGUAAUUUGCGAUUUACUUCCACAAUUAGUCGCAGGUGAUUUCGAAACAAUCUUUAAAACGAUCAACUUCGAAUGUCCCGAUGAAGAAUCAUUACCUUUGCUUGCAAGUCGCAUUCAAAUCUGGAGAUCCAUCAUAAAAACUCAAAACAGGAUCAUUAACAAUCUCAGGAACGAAGGAAAAGAUUAUUCCGAGCUCCCCUUCUUCCAAGUUGCUCCACAACUUUGUGACAUGCUUCUCCAAGUUAUAUGCCAAGGAGAUUAUUCCCAAAGUACUGAUGUAGAGACCUACGUCGCAUCAUAUGAAGCUCUUCGUGCUCUUAAAGUUCUUGGCGAAAUGAUUCCUCAAUAUUUAGUUGAAAGAUCAGGUAUAAUUUACCAAGAAAUUGUUUCAGAGCAUCCUGAUCAAAUUGUUGUAUCAAUGUGUAUCUGGCAAGUCAUGAUACAAAUCAAAGAAGUUGAUGGAUCAGAGAUUAUGGGUCUCAUGGAACAAGUCUUUGAAAUCUGUGUUAAUAACAAUGCAGAUGCCAACACAAAGAUUGCUUGUUUGAAUGUGAUUCAGUCUUUCAUUCAAUGCAGAAUGAAUGAUCAAAAUGAUGAUGGAAACCAAAUAGAAAGAAUUGAACAAAUAUUACAAAUAUUUGAUAUUUUAUUCCAAUCAGGAAAUUCUCAAUUGUUUUCGAGAAUUUUCCAAAUAUUGAAAGAUUUGUUCAAAGUUUUUCUUAAUUCCUCAAAAGAUUCGUAUUUACAAGUCUACGCGACAAGAAUAUACGAAAGAAUGGAUCAUUACAUUGCUAUAAUAAUGAAUACGAAUAAUCCUAAUCUUAUAAUGGAUGGAUACUAUUCAUUGCAAUCUUUCGUUAAUUCUUUGUAUUAUUCUGAUUUUGUUUUGCAGCUUUUCUCUAUUUAUUCCGCAAAAUUCCUUGAAAACGCACAACAAUUCGUUGAAAGUCGUGGAAAAUCAGGAGAAAAAGGAUUUUUCGAAGGAAUUUGUUUAGCUUUGAAAGCAAUUGUCUCAAAGAUGAAUGGAAAAGUUAAUAUUGAUGUUUAUUCACAAGUUGUUGAAGCAGUUAUUAAUUGUCUUCAUGUUUCUUUGGAAUCAUUUUUAAUUAUUUUAUUAGCACAAUUAGUUUCUUGUUUAGGAGUUGCUUCAACAGAGUUCGCUGAAAUUAUUAUUGAUAUUUAUAAAUCAAGUGUUGACUUAAACAACACAUCAAUAAUUGUUGCUUCUUGUGUAUUAAUUUCUGUUUUCUUCCAAGAAGCUGAUGAUCAAAAUCAAUAUUUGAGAUCAAUUGCUGUGAAUAUUUGGGAUUCUCUUUAUUCUAUCUUUACUAAUGAAGAUCUCGGUGAAUUAACGACAUCAAAUGCUAAUAAUAUCUUGGAAGGACUUUCAAGAUUAGUUUCUUUCAUUCCAUCUAAUGUUUUCGCAGAAAGAUGUGAGAAUUUCUUCAAUUUACUUGAUUCUAUAACGAAAAGAAUUCCUAAGAUCAAGAAGAUCGAUUUCAAUGAUGAUUAUUUGGAAACUGAGACUCAGUUGUUCUACGGAUACACGCGAGUUUUUGAAAUGUACAAGGAUGAGGAAUAUUAUUUGAUACAUUCCAAAGAAACACAAGACCAAAGUUUCCUGUUCGUAAAUAUCGAAAAAUACCUCAAUUUGAUUAAAAUUACUGAAGAUAACUUUGAUUACAGGCAAACAAAGAAAACUGAUAAAAUGCUCAUGGCUUUCUUGACGUUCUUGGACCAGUUAAUCUUAGGAAUAGGAAGACCUAUCAAUUUGCAGUUGAAUGCAAGAUGGGUCAAGAAUCUGUUCGAUUUCGCAGCUAAUUGUGAAAAUACCGAUGUCCACCACUACGCAAAUGAAAUUAAGGGUCGAUACAAUAGUUUAUAG